AUGAGUGAUGACGUCCAAGCUGCGAAGAAACGCCUGAGAAAGGAAAUCACUGAGCUCGGCAAACAUUUUACGGACGAGGAGCUGGCAGCGCAGAGUCGCGAAAUCGCCAAGAAGAUCACGGAGUCGGAGUGGUACCGAAACGCAAAACGUGUAUCGAUCUACCUGAGCAUGCCUGGUGAGAUGGAUACGAAUGCAAUUGUGGAAAAAUGUCUGGCAGAGGGCAAGGAAGUUUUUAUACCGUAUUUCGAGAAAGGUGCCACCAUGAUGGACAUGCUACGCUUGCAGAGCGCCGAUGAGUACCAUGGACUGGCAACAACGAUGUGGGGCAUCAGGCAACACCCCGACAAGGAGCACGCUGAACGCUGGGAUCAGCACGGUGAGAUACUUUGA